AUGUCCUCGGCCAUCUUGAUCUGCCCGGGCAACGCAAAGGACAUCAUCCAGCUCCCGCACCCAAAGACCCGCGAGCUUUGCCAUUUCCUCAGGACACCGCAACCCUCAGCAUGUCUCUACGAAGUCAUCACCUUUGAACAGACGGCGGCCAAGCAGACCCUGUUCCUUCCAGACAGGAUUCUCGCUCCAGCACCGAUUCAUGUAGCUUCUCCCAUCGACAUCGCCUUCUUCCUUAUCAGUGCGCUUGAACAAGACGCAACCAAGCAUAAUGGACGUUUUGUGGAUGCCGAAGACUUACUUGAGUCACUCCAUACACGGAUACGAGAUUCGGCAGAGAAUCACCUACAGCAUCUAUGUGAUGCCACCACCACACCGGGGUUCUUCCGGCCAUCAGCAAGAAAAGUCCAAGAAUGGGUCGCACAACGCGUCGAAGCCGUUGCUGCGGCAUUGCCAGGCAGUAUGGUCGACUCUCUUGUCACAUGGCCAGCGAGUCAUGAAGAAGCUUCUCAACUUGCUACGGAAGCACGACAACGUGCUGCAUGGGGGCUUGUUGCGAGUUACCUGCCAGACACAGUUGAACAACGCAUUGCACCGAGUUUUGGGGUUCCUGCAUUGGUUGCGUUUGAGGCAUCUAGAAGAGCAACGGUCAUCAAUCCGAAUGAGUUUAUGAAGCGCUCUGUGGUUGGCGACGAGGCAGGGCUGAUGGCAGGUGUGGCCAAGAAGCAGAAGAAGGGGUCCAUGGGCGUGGAAGCACUCAAGAAGGUGAACACCAAGGGGAUGAAGAGCAUGACAAGCUUCUUUGCAAAGAAGACGCGUCCUCCGUAG